GUCCGUGGCGCUCCUGGAUGACGUAGCCAGGGAGGGGCGGAGCAAGCGCGGAGACUGAAGUUUGGGAUCCAGUCUGAGAGCCCGGCUUUUUUUCAGGUGAGGAAUACUGUGUCUAUCACUGAACAACUUUCAUCUUCUUGGAUAAAUGACUUUUGUGCCAGUGAUACCAGAAUCCUACAGCCAUGUUCUUGCAGAGUUUGAGUCAUUGGAUCCAUUACUCUCAGUCCUGCGGCUGGACUCCAGUCGUCUAAAGUGCACAAGCAUAGCUGUGUCUCGGAAAUGGUUGGCAUUGGGCAGUUCAGGAGGAGGACUCAAUCUCAUUCAGAAAGAAGGCUGGAAGCACAGACUUUUUCUUUCACACAGGGAAGGUGCAAUAGCUCAGAUUGCAUGCUGUUCACAUGAUGAUGAUUAUGUUGCUGUAGCUACCAGUCAAGGUCUUGUAGUUGUUUGGGAAUUAAAUCAAGAGCGUCGUGGAAAACCAGAACGAAUUUAUGUGUCUUCAGAACACAAAGGCCGAAAAGUUACAGCACUCUGUUGGGAUACAGCUAUUCUUAGAGUUUUUGUAGGUGAUCAUUCGGGAAAAGUUUCUGCCAUCAAACUCAACACUUCUAAACAAGCAAAGGCUGCUGCAGCAUUUGUGAUGUUUCCUGUUCAGACUAUAACAACAGUUGACUCCUGUGUUGUACAAUUAGAUUAUUUGGAUGGGAGACUGCUUGUGUCUUCACUUACUCGAUCCUUCUUGUGUGACACUGAGAGAGAAAAGUUUUGGAGAAUUGGAAACAAGGAAAGAGAUGGGGAAUAUGGAGCUUGUUUCUUUCCUGGAAGAUGUUCUGGUAACCAGCAACCUCUGAUAUAUUGUGCUCGUCCUGGCUCUAGGAUGUGGGAAGUGAACUUUGAUGGGGAUGUUAUCAGUACCCAUCAGUUCAAGAAACUCCUCUCAUUGCCACCUCUCCCUGUGAUUACUCCAAGAUCAGAACCUCAGUAUGAUCAUAUGGUUGGAUCCACCCAGUCUUUGUCAUUCCCUAAACUCUUGCAUUUUAGUGAGCAUUGUGUGCUGACUUGGACAGAAAAAGGAAUUUAUAUUUUUAUUCCUCAGAACGUUCAAGUUCUCCUUUGGAGUGAAGUCAAAGAUAUUCAGGAUGUGGCUGUCUGCAAGAAUGAGCUGUUCUGUUUGCACCUAAAUGGGAAAGUCUCACAUCUCUCCCUGUUGUCUGUGGAGCGCUGUGUGGAACGCCUGCUGAGGAGAGGCCUAUGGGACCUGGCCGCUCACACAUGCUGUCUUUUCCAAAAUUCUAUCAUUGCCAGCAGAGCAAGAAAAACCUUGUCUGUAGAUAAAUUGGAUCAUUUGAAAUCUCAGCUGGAUCUUGCAACCCGUAGUGAUCUAAUUUCUCAAUUGGAGGAAUUGAUCUUAAAAUGUGAACCUUUGGAUUCAGCCUGCAGCAGUAGAAGAAGCUCCAUUUCAUCACAUGAAAGUUUUAGCAUCUUGGACUCUGGUAUUUAUCGAGUCAUUAGUAGCAGAAGAGGUAGUCAGUCAGAUGAAGACACUUGCUCCCUUCAUAGCCAGACCUUCUCAGAAGACGAGAGACUUAAAGAAUUCAAUUCACACCAUGAAGAGGACCAGCUGGAUCAGGGUUGUGGCCCACUUGGAAAUGAAGAUAAUGUUUCUCAUAGUCCAGUGACAUUUGAGACAGAAAAGAAUGAAACUUUUCUUCCCUUCGGCAUUCCAUUAUCAUUUCGUUCUCCAUCGCCUCUUGUGUCUCUUCAGGCUGUCAAAGAAAGUGUUUCUAGCUUUGUGCGUAAAACUACUGAGAAGAUUGGCACCCUUCACACAAGCCCAGAGCUUAAAGAGAUACCAGGGCCCAAAGACGAGGAUCAAUCAUGUGAGGAGGAAGUAAGCUCAGUUGCCUGCCCACAGGAGAACAAUACUGAGGAAACAAAAGAGAAAACUAGUCAACCAUCAGAAGACAGGUUCCAAGAGCUCACAUCAGCCACAGCAGAAGCAAUAACCAAGCUACUGGACCCUCUGGUUUUAUUUGAACCGAAGUCUCUGAGGAUGGUCUUACGGGAUUGGCUUUCACAUUUAGAGAAAAUAUUUGCUGUUAAAGACUUUGCAGGCAUUUCAGAUACUGGCAAUUUACUUGUGGAAUCAAACCAGAGCAUGCUACUGCUUUGUGAGUCACAAAAGGGAAGAAUAGAUGAGGAUAAUGAAGAAGAAAAAAGGGACUGCUUAGGUGUUGAAGAAACUGUUGGUCAAAUAGCAUGUGAGUCUGUAAGUAGUCUGAAGGAGCCAUUGGAUGACAUUUUUCGAAUAUGUUCUCCAUAUGCCAUCCCAAACAGUCUUCAGAAGGAUCUGGCUGAAUUGAUAACAUUGUGUUUGGAGCUGAGUGUAUUGAGUUCUACAGUCAAAAGCCCAGAUGAAUGUGUGGGACACAUAUUGCAACAGUGCUCUCCUGAAGUUCUGGCUUGCCAGUUCCUAAAGAAGUAUUUUUUCCUCCUGGACUUGAAAAGAGCAAAGGAGAGUAUCAAGCUUAGUUACACUAACAGCCCUUGUGUUUGGAAUACUUUUAUUGAAGGAUUGAAAGAAAUGGCAAGUUCUAAUCCUACACAUACGGAGAUGGGAGAAGGAGACCUACCAACAAGAUUAAAGUUGUUAGAAGCCUCAGUUCCUUUUGAUAGUCCGCUGUUGAUUGCUUAUGCUUCCUGGUUGUAUGAGAAGUUUGGGGAAUCUGCCCUGCGAUCCUUAGUCAGGUUCUAUCCAUCUAUUUUGCCUUCAGAUGUCAUGCAGCUUUGUCAUCAGCAUCCUGUUCAGUUUUUGGCCUAUUUAGACAAUCUGGUGAAAUCAAGGCCUGAAGAUCAGAGGUCAUCCUUUCUUGAGUCCCUUCUACAACCAGAAUCUUUAAGAUUGAAUUGGUUGCUUUUGGCAGUGUCCCAUGAUGCUCCACCCAGCACAAGCACUAUGGAUGAUGAAGGACAUCCCAGGCCUCACUCACACUUGUUUUCCUGGGGUUACAGCCAACUGAUUCUUCAUCUAGUGAAACUUCCUGCAGAUUUUACAACCAAAGAGAAAAUGACUGACAUCUGCAAGUCUUAUGGUUUCUGGCCUGGAUAUCUUACUCUCUGUUUGGAGCUGGAAAGGAGAAGAGAGGCCUUCACCAACCUUGUGUAUCUGAAUGAUAUGAGCCUGAUGGAAGGAGACAAUGGUUGGAUCCCAGAAACUAUAGAGGAAUGGAAGCUUCUCCUACAUCUCAUACAGAACAGGAGCACAGGACCAGUUCCACAAGAGUCACUAAAUGGGACCUUCAGUGAUGGGCCUGCCCCCAUCACCAUGGAGAAUGUGGCGCUCUUGUUAGCAAAGGCCAUGGGCCCUGAUCGGGCCUGGUCACUGCUACAGGAAUGUGGUCUGGCCCUUGAGUUGUCAGAGAAGUUUACCAGAACCUGUGAUAUCCUGAGGAUUGCUGAGAAAAGGCAGAGAGCCUUGGUGCAAAGCAUGCUUGAAAAAUGCGACCGGUUUCUCUGGUCUCAGCAGGCCUAAUGGAGGAUUUGGCAGAUUGUGAUAAUGUUUUGGAAAACAAAAACAAAAACAGGCAAAAAAUCAUGCUUCUGAACCUUCUGAGUGCAUUUGUUACUGAAGGAAAGGUAUCACUCCCAAACCCUGUCAAAUUGUGGGGGCUACGCUUGUUAGUGUCUAUAUCGUGACAUUUGCGGCUCUGUGACCUAAGGGUUUCUCAACCAAAGUUUAUAGCUGCAUAGUAUUUAUUCUAAUAUAUGAUAAUAUUUGCUCAUUGCUAGUGAUUUGGGGGGAAUUACUUUCUAUUAUGAUCCUGUGUUGGGACCAGAAGAAGCUCUUUGUUAAACGAAGAUAAUGUUAUUAACCAGAGUUGUGUUCUUUUAUAUCUUGUCUAAGGCAGUCUAGAAAUUACUAAAACAGACAGGGCCUAGAAUAAUGGAAUUGUCACAUCUAACAAAAUACUGGAGAUUCUUUAGAUAUUUAAAUAAAAUUGCCUAUAGCUAUAUUGAGCUAAUUUAUUUUUCCUCAGUAUUUAUUUGACGUUUUCUAAUCUGAACCUAUAUAUAGUGGACUGAUUUAUUACUGGACAUAUGUUUUUGUAAUCUUUCCUAAACAGAGUACCUGAAGAGAAU